AUGCCCAGCAGUGCAAACUUCUGCAAUGGAGGAAAAGGAUCUGCAACUGAUCGUUUACCAGAAUUGACAUUACGACUGGUUGGCGGGAGAAACAAUUGUUCUGGAAGGUUGGAAGUACUGUCCGCUGACCGCUGGGGCACGGUUUGUGAUGACUCCUGGGAUAUGGCCGAUGCUAAUGUCGUCUGCAGACAGCUAGGCUGCGGACGUUCGCUUUGGAGUCCACGAGUUUCUACCUUUACUCGGAGUGACAGUGAUAUCUGGCUCGAUGAAGUUAAGUGCACAGGAACUGAAUCCUUCAUAUCCAGCUGUCAUACCUCACCACUCGGUCAGCAUGAUUGUGAUCACAAAGAAGAUGACUUUGUCCUUUGUUCCGGUCCUGCCUCGCGAAUAAGAUUGGUGAAUGGGACCGGUCGAUGUGCUGGGAGAGUGGAGAUUUACUAUAAGGGACGAUGGGGGACAGUGGAUCACGAUCUUUGGGACCUACAGGACGCCACUGUGGUGUGUAGGGAGUUGGGUUGCGCAGGCGCAUUGAACGCAACGGGCAAUGCUUACUUUGGGAAAGGAUCCGGACCCGUUUUGGCGACAAACAUUGAGUGCCGUGGGGACGAAAUAGCUCUGCGGCAGUGUAAAUCAAACCCAUGGCGUGACACUGGAUAUUCACACCAUUGGGAUGCGGGAGUUGUCUGCCAAGGCAGCCCAGUUGAUGGUCAUCCCGAGCCGUCAGGUAAACUUGCUACAUUUAAGAUGAGCGCUUGUGUGGAGGUGGGGGCGUGGGGAUGUUGGUUUCUGAAACUGAUUGUCACAGAAGAUCUCUUUGAGAUGUGA